AUGGUCAGCUCAGCUGCGAGCACCGCCUACCCCCGGCCGCGACGCGGAGGUCGCUGCUCAGCCAGCCCUGCAGGAGGCGCUAUAGGAAUGGCCUAGCGGCUACGCAUGCGCGAUACAUCGCCGGCAGGGGGCGGGGCCCCCUGAACCCGGAAGCAGGGCAGCUCACGUGGGGGCCGCGGAGGAGGCGGUCGGGUUUUUGCUACCCGGUUCUAGGCAGUCUUCGAGGGGGUGUCCGCGCUGUUCUUUCCUCCGUCUGAGGGGGCGGGGGCAGCGGUCGGGUCCCCUUCGCCCGUGUUGGGGGCCUGGGGACGGGCCACGGCGGAGUGACCGCUCCCGAGGACGCAGCAGGGGUCACUGACCAUGGCACUGAUAUCGACCUGGCGUUGCUCCGGUCGCCUCCUCACGCGUCGUUUCUCCGGAGCGGCGCGGCGUGGGGUGCGGCCUGGCGGGGAGGAGCUAAGCCGCCUGCGACUGGAUGACCUGCCGACGACCCCGCGGUCUGAGGGGAGACUGGAGCUUCUGUUCGGCCUGUCCCCGUGUCUCCUGGCUCUGCAGGCCGCCCGCCGCCGCGUGGCCCGGCUCCUGCUCCAGGCCGGCAGGUCCGGGCUGCAGGGGGAGCGGGCCGAGCUGCUCCGGGUGGCCGAGGCACGGGACAUCCCAGUGCUGCGGCCCAGACGGAAGCAGCUGGACGCCCUGUGCCGCUACCAGGUCCACCAGGGCGUCUGCAUGGAGGCAAGCCCGCUGCAGCCCCUGCCCUGGACUGAGAGCCGUGAGGCGAGGCCAGGCGACGACCCCCAGCAGUUGUGGCUCGUCCUCGAGGGGCUCCAGGAUCCCCGGAAUCUUGGGGCCGUGCUGCGCUCCGCUCACUUCCUCGGAGUGGAUAAAGUCAUCACCAGCCGGAGAAACAGCUGCCCGCUCACUCCAGUGGUCAGCAAGGCCAGCGCCGGCGCUAUGGAGGUGAUGGACGUAUUCUCCACUGAUGACCUGGCCGGUUUUAUACAGGCCACAGCUCGGCAGGGCUGGCUCGUGGUGGGCACGGUGGGCUGCCCGGGCCCUGAGACUUCCCCGUCCUCUGAGAUCCCCGUUACUAGCUGCUUGGAGUUCCCCUGGGACCGGCCUACUCUCCUAGUGCUGGGGAACGAGGGCUCUGGUCUGUCCCGAGAGGUGCAGGCCUCCUGCCAGCUUCUCCUUACCAUCCUGCCCGGCCGGCAGCUGCCUCCUGGAUUUGAGUCUUUGAAUGUCUCUGUGGCUGCAGGAAUUCUUCUUCACUCCAUCUGCAGUCAGAGGAAGGGUUUUCCUGCAGAGAGGAAGAGAGGGCAACUUCUCCAAGACCCUCAAGAACUUUCAGCCAUGUCUAAAGGGCCGAGAGUGGCUCAGCAUCCAGGACUGUCCUCAGGAUCAGAAAAAGAGAGGCAAGAUGGAGGCUGACUUGGACUGUCCGAGGUGUGUGUGUGCUGGAGGGCACACACAUCCACAUGCUCGAAUGUACCAGAGCCUCCUGCCUGAGUGUGCACCCAGGCCCCUGUUUAUUAACCGCUGUCUUGGGGGACAGGGAGUUGGAGAUGGCAGCUCAUUAAUUUCUAGGCCGUGCUGGGACAGAGGGUCUCUUUCUUCCUACUGGAAGUCAAGGGAAAGUGUAGACUCAGAAGGAAAUCGGGCAGCCCAGUCCUUUCCUCUUGAGGAAGAAUCCAUUUGAGAAUGUAGAGGGAGGCCUGGGACCCUCUUAUGGGCCAGACAGGUGCAAAUCCAGGCUCAAGCCCUGCCCCACUGCAGGCCCUUGAGCACAUGGCAUCGUCUCUCUGCGCCUCAGGGCCCUUGUCUACACUUCCUCAGGGGGCUGUUGUGAGGAUCAAAUAAAACAUCGCCUAGUAUCCAGCAGGCACUCCAC